AUGAAGAAGUCGAUUAGACGGAUGUUCACUCCUGCAGGAGAGAAGGACGACAGCCCAUAUGAGGGGGUCAUCCUGCGCUCUGAGAGCUGCACCUCCAUGCAGGAAAAUCCUCAGCUCAUAUUUAAGCUCGUUCAGGAGGGUCAUGUGUGCCGUGUGCGGAGUUUCAUACUGAAGAACCCAACAUGUCUAAUGGCCAGAAAUGAGUUAGAGGCCACGCCACUGCAUUAUGCUGCAAAACAUGGAUACUUGGAGAUCGUGUUCAUGAUAGUCAAUGAGGGUACUGAUGAAGUCCUCAAUGCUCAGGAUGGUAAAGGAGGUACAGCACUCCACUGGGCUGUAGUUAAGAACCAGGUGGACAGUGUCAGAAUUCUAUUAAGCAGAGGAGCUGACCCAAACUUGCUGAACUUCUAUAGGCUGGCUCCACUUCAUCUGGCCAUUCAGCUACAUCAUAACAGUAUAGUAGAGGAAUUACUGAAUCAUAGCACUACAAAUAAUAAUCUGGAAGGUGACCUUGGGAACACACCAAUUAUGACUGCUUGCUACAAGGACAAUUCAGAGGCCCUUAUAUUGCUGCUUAAACAUGGGGCAAAGCUGUGUAAAAGAAAUAAGAUUGGAUGUUUUCCUAUACACAUGACUGCAUUUGCUGGCUCUUUAAAAUGCAUGGACCUGGUACUAAAAAAAGGUGAAGAAUUUGGGUUUAGUAUUGAAGAGCAUAUCAACUUCACAGACAAUGAGAAAAGCAGCCCACUCCAUGUGGCCGUUCAAAAUGGAGGCUUGGAAAUUGUGAAAGCAUGCAUUGAAUAUGGAGCAAAGAUUGACCUCAAACAAAAUGAUAAUGCCACAGCUCUUCAUUUUGCUUCUACUCAAGGAGCAACUGAAAUUGUCAAAUUCAUGGUCUCAUCCUACACUGGCGAUAAGAAUAUUAUUGACUUGCCAGAUGGAAAUAAUGAAACACCACUUCAUAAAUCAUGUUUGUUUGACCAUGUUGACCUGGCAGAAUAUUUAUUAUCUAUGGGAGCAAAUAUUGACAGUGUCGAUAACGAGUUCCGUACACCUCUGAUGCUAGCUACUUCAUGCUCUGCUUGGAAAAUUGUGAAUUUACUUCUUGAAAAAGGAGCAAAUGUAAAGCUAAUGGAUAAUUAUGGGCGGAAUUUUCUUCAUAUGACAGUUUUACAACCCGGAGGUUUAAGAAACAUUAAUGCUGAAAUUCUACAGAAAGAAGCCAUCAAGCAACUUGUCAGUGAUGAAGAUGCAGAUGGCUGUACACCUCUACAUUAUGCUUGUCGCCAUGGAGUUCCAAAUUCUGUGAAUAACCUGAUGGGACUAAAUGUGUCCCUUUAUUCUAAGAGUAAGGAUAAAAGAUCAGCUCUGCAUUUUACUGCUUGCUACGGCCGUUACAACACCUGUGAGAGACUUCUGAGAUUUGCCUGCGAUGCCAGGCUUCUCAAUGAUGCAGAUGAAACGGGAAUGACACCUUUGCACUUGGCUGCACAAAAUGGCCAUGACAAAAUAGUUUAUCUUCUGCUGAAGAAGGGAGCCCUCAUGUUAAGCGACCAUUGUGGAUGGACAGGUCUGCACUAUGCAGCACAUGGAGGCUAUACGCGAACUAUCAGGACAUUUUUGGAUACAUCUAUUUCUCUCAUUGAUAAGCCGGACAAAGAAAAGAACACUCCACUGCACCUGGCUGCUAAAGAAGGACAUGCCAAAGCGGUUGCUUUAUUGCUGGAAAGUGGGGCUGCUAUCAAUUUAAAUGCAAAUGAAGCAUCCUUCGUUCAUGAGGCUAUACGUGCAGGGAGUAAGGAUGUUGUAUCUGCUGCAAUUCAAAGUGAAAGGUGGGAGGAGGUUCUUGCAACAUUUUCAGAUACUUCUAGCUACAAGUGCCCUAUACUUGAAAUGGUUUAUCAUCAGCCAGAAAGCUUCAAAAAUCUCUUGGACAGAUGCAUGAUGGAAUCAAAUGGAGACAAAAAGAGUCCAAAUUUCUAUAUUGAAUAUAACUUCCGAUAUCUACAAUGUCCUCUGCAAUUCAAAAAGGCAAGCGAGAAGACAAAAAGCUCUGUAUAUGAGCCUCUGAUGACAUUAAAUGCCAUGGUGCAACACAACCGUGUUGAACUCCUUUCCCAUCCAGUUUGUAAAGAAUAUUUACUCAUGAAAUGGAGGGCUUAUGGAUUUAAGGCGCAUCUGCUUAAUCUUGGAAUCUACUCAAUGGGACUUAUUCCUCUUACUUUGCUGAUAAUGUUCGCCACGGUACCUGAGGGCCAUUCAAACAAUUCGACUUCAAAUUCAUAUCCUGAACCAUUACAACUCCAGGAUUCUUAUUUCACCCGCACAUGUAUGGCCCUUGUAAUGAUGAUGAGUAUUUUGGGGAUGUUAAAGGAGAUCGUGCAGAUGGGCCAGCAUAAACUCGGCUAUCUAAUGGACGGCAGUAAUAUUGUAGACUGGACAAUCCAUAUAUCAAGCAUCAUGUUUGUGUCAUCUAUAUAUACGAUGCCUCUCUCUGUAUCAUUCUGGCAAUGGCAAGCUGGAGCAGUUGCAGUAUUUGCAUCUUGGGUCAACUUUUUAAUUUAUCUGCAAAGGUUUGAAACAUGCGGAAUCUAUAUUGUGAUGUUUUGGGAGAUUCUGAGAACAUUAAUACGAAUUGUUGUGCUCUUCUUUUUCUUAAUCUUGGCAUUUGGACUGAGCUUCUUCGUACUCCUUUACCCCCAGACUCCAUUCAGAAAUCCUUUAUUAGCCCUGAUGCAGACAUUUACCAUGAUGCUUGGAGAUGUUAACUAUCAGGAUGGGUUUCUUCAUCCGUUCCUUGACAACCAAAUUGAGAAUCCAGUUUUCACCUUUGUGCAUCUAAUUAUAUUCACACUGUUAAUCCCAAUCCUAUUGAUGAAUUUGCUUAUUGGUCUGGCUGUUGGUGAUAUUGCAGAGGUACAACGAAAUGCAGCACUUAAAAGGAUUGCAAUGCAGGUAAGCCUGCACACAAACCUAGAGAAAAAGUUGCCAUAUUGGUUCCUAAAGAGGGUGGAUAUAGUCAAUUGCAUUGUGCACCCCAAUUGUCCAAGAAUCUGGGGACAUGCUAUCAAUUCUUUUUUCAUUCAGUGCGAAGGCUUUAAAGUUGAAACGUCUGGAAAUGAUGCAACGAUGGAACUGGAGCUCUGGAAACAAAAAAACAGGAUGAAGGAUCUGUACACCAUUAUGCAGAAACAGCAUGAACUGAUCAAACUGAUCAUUCAGAAAAUGGAGAUUGUGUCAGAAGCAGAAGAUGAUGAUAGUCAAGAUUUAUUUCAGCAUAACAAUACAAAGAAACAGAGGAUGAUGCCUGAGCGCAAAGAGAGCAAGUGGGAUUGUGUGAUGAAAGCUGUAAAGUGCAAAAAAGUCGAUUAGGGCGUGAUGCUGGCUCUGUGCAUGAUAGGGGUUCACCAUGUUCGAUCAUGACGAGUAGAAGAUCUAGUUGGAU